CUCCAGUGCAGCGGCAUCGCCAUUGUCAAGCGGGGGUUUUCUGCUAAAAAAAUGUAAAAAGAUCGCGUUGUGCUUUCGCUAGUUGUGUUUUGCGGGCGAGAAUAUUUGUCACUCCUAGAGCUUCCCAAUGCGUUGAAGGACGUUGUGUGUACUACGGACGUUUCGCGUUCAUCGAGUCGUACGUAGAGAAGCGGCUGACCCAUUUCUUUCGCAUCGUGUACGAGUAGUGCGUCAGCUAUGCUGGCCCCAGCCUGCUGCGGUGUUCGCAUGGCUUUGUCCACGACGGGAGGCCGUAUUCACUCGUAGCGUUUCGCUCAUUCAUCGGGUCUCUCUACUUUGUGAGCGUAAAUUGGGACCCCACUUUAUCCGGCUCACAUGUAUUCGUGUCAGCCGAACUGCGUCAUGCCUCUGAAAGUCGUGCUGAAGAACUUCCUGAACCACUUUGAAACUUUGGAGGCCCGCAAGAAACUUGGGGACGACCUUUUCGAAGCUGAGUUUCAGAGUUUGAAAGAACUUACGGAACGCCUCAAACAUGAUCCCGAAUAUGCAUGUACCGAAGGUCAGAAGGAAGUCAACAGAAAGAAGAACAGAUACAAAGACAUUCUACCAUAUGACCUGUCGAGGGUUAUUUUAUCCGAGUAUCCUGGAGUGCCCGGUUCGGACUACAUUAAUGCCAACCUAAUCAAGGGUGCGAGUGGUUCCAGAGCCUACAUAGCAUCCCAGGGGCCACUGCCGACGACAGUUAUGGACUUUUGGAGGAUGAUCUGGGAGUGUGAAGUGCAAGUUAUCAUCAUGGCCUGCAAUGAGAAGGAAUCGGGGAAGUACAAAUGCGAACGAUACUGGCCUAAUGAAGGCGAGAAGAAACAGUAUGGCAAUAUCACUGUUGAACUCGUCAAAUGGAAACAGGUGUGCCCGGACUUCUUGCUUCGCACACUGCGUGCCCGCUGUGGCACUGAGGAGCGCACGCUGUGCCAGUUCCACUACUGGUCGUGGCCAGACCAUGGCGUGCCAACCUCCGUGGGCCCUAUCGUGGACCUCGUGCGGCUCGUGCGAGACUGCCAGGCCUCGGAAGCCUUGCCCGUGCUUGUCCACUGCAGUGCUGGAUGUGGAAGGACGGGAACGAUUUGUGCCAUCGACUACGUCUGGGGCUUGAUGAGAGUCGGGAAGUUGAGCGAUUCCUUCAGCUUGUACCAGAUAAUCCGGGAGAUGCGAAUGCAGAGGAUUGCUAUGGUACAGACUAAGGAGCAGUACGUGCUGGUUCAUCGUGUAGUGGCCGCUCUCUUCGAGCAGCAGCUCAGGAUAAUAGACAGCCACACUUAUGAAAACCUCGACGAAGACGGGGAACCACUUCUGGGUUCUGGAGAAAACAUUCAGAGCAACGAAAAGAUCUACGAAAACCUCGACGACCUCGGUCUGGAAAACAGAAGCGAAGAAAAGGAAAAUGCGGAAAAUGGCAAGUUCUUUCACCCCUUUACAGAUGAAAAGUGUGAUAAAGAAAAAGAAGUGACCGCUGGUAGUGAAGAGUCGAAGGCUCAACCGUCACAAGAACCCAUGCCUGAGUCGACCGGUACCGACGAUGCCUCCCAGAGACAGUCUCGGGCCAACCGCUCCAUGUCGUGGAGUCCCGAGCCCAACUCCGUGGCGACAUCGUCUUCCGUGUUGUCAUCCUCCGAUGCAAGGGGUGGUUCGCGUAGUUCAGUUAUUACAGACGACGAAGACAGCCAGUCCUGCAAAGACGACCCCGUGCAAAUGAAAAAGAGCCUUGGUAAAAAGAAAACGAGCGAAGAGCAGAGUAAGGCUGCAACUCUUAGUCGCGUCCGAAGCCUCUCCGCAACUAACAUUUGCCUGGAGGAUCCGCCCGGCAAAGUGGAAGUGGCGGACAGCGGAGGAAAGAUUGUUGGAAAAGCGACCGUGAUUCGUCGUCCCAGCAUAGCGAGGCUCAAAGCUCUCUUCGAGAAGUCUGACUCGGACGACGUCAGCGGCGGCGAGGCAAACAGAAGGCGUCCCGUGUUCAGGAGCUACAGCCAGAGAGUCGCGCCGCGAAGGCCGUCAGUGGCACAAGUUCCCGAUGGCGUCGAAACGCCGUCUGCGUCGAAGUUCAAGCCAUUGCUAUUGAAGCGCAAGAGCCUUGGUCCAUCAGCUCGAAAGGCGAAGGAGUUUCGAGACCAAGAGAAAAGCCAGAAGCAAACCGGAGCAAGUUCGGGCACAGCUUCAAAAAAGGAGAACCAGACAAGCCAAGCCGAACAGUCUGUGCCUGUGACUGCUACGACAACAAAGGUUACAAGUACACCCAUGCAGAUGGUGAGCUCAUCGAGCGAAGCAGCUGCUAAACCGCAGUGCCUCGCAGCCAGUUGGUAUGGCGACAGUGGCGAUGUGUGGGAGAAGAACGUUCUGUACAAAUCUUUGAGCAGCUCCAACCUUGCCGGUCUCAACUCACACGGUGGCAACAACGCACCGGGCUCAAAGCCUCUCUCGGAAACAUCAAGGAACUCUUUCUCCAGCAGUGUUUCGUCCAAAUUGGGUCAGAAGUGCGAUCCUCCGCCGCAGCUACCUACAAAAAAGCGAACCGUGCAGACCCUGUAUGCCCCUAUUCCGUUUUACGCUGCCAACGUAGCAAGGAAGUCUCACACGCUACCUGCCUUGGCGAGCGGCGCCGACGGCGUGCAGCCCCAGAAGUGCGAACCUCGAGGAAGCAGCAUUUAUGACUUCCUACCACGGAAGGACGACGCACCUCCUCGGCUUCCUCCAAAGACAAAACUGACAAAGCCACAAUCGCGCGUCGUCCCGAUAUCGGCUCUAAACAACACUUACGUGAACGUUUCAGACAUGGUCUUGGCCAGGAACGAACUCAUGUCUCGCUUGUCCGACGGCCGUUACAUUAACGUAAACCUCGAAGCAAAGGAGAACAUGAAUCGCAUCGAAAACGUUAUAAGGCAGCAUCCUCGGGGAGCCAUCAUUGAUCUCACGUCGCGGAAGUCGUUCAACGACCGCAUCGCUUCCGGCUCCGUGUCCAAGUAUGAACAGGUAUGGGAUGGAAAGACGUUUGUGAAGAAAGACCUGAAUAGCAAUGAGGUGAAGAUGGGAAAGGGUUCGAUCGCUAGCCGGCUUACGGCUGUGAAAGCAGCACGUCCGUGGAUGACGCCUGCCUCUGCCAAGGAGAAGUCGGCAACUCUUCCGUCCGCGUUUCGUACGCACGCAAACCAGAAGGAGUUUCCCCGUCAAAAUGCGAGGCAGGACCCGUUAGCCGCGUCUUCGUCGGAGAUGGACACCUCAGACAUCUACACAACGCAUGACGAACGAUCGGGAACGGAGUACGACACCCUCUUUGCAGAAUCUAGCGAUGCUACGGAGACUGAUGCGCCUUGCGAAAAAGAUGCGAGAUGGAAGGGCUUUCUAGCUUUGCAGCCCAGACACUUGCAGUCAGGGCCUGCACACAUGGUGAAGAAUGUUCCCGGUUCUCAUGCUGAGCAGCAUGCAAGAAUAGACACAGAAGUGAAACGCCCGCUGCCACCAUACGAGACCAUAUACCCGGUGCAACCGGGCUUUAUUGGCAAGAGUGGCAGAGCCCAUUAUUUCACCAGCAACCCCCCUCCAAAGCCGCCACGCACUUACGGCUUCGGCGCCAAGUAUGACACUGGGCGCGCUGGCAGUGCAACCGCUGGUUCCCCGAAAAAACCAUCUGAGAGCAUUUACCAAGUGCCACCCCAGCCGAGAACAACGCCGCACAUGAUAUCUAGACCGCUGCACCGGCUGCCACCUUCCUGCGAUCCGAUGGCCCACUCAGCGACGUCCGUGCCAUCUUUCGGUACUGUCCCCUUCGCUCCCGUGUACCACCCACGCCAAGGCGUGUCGGCCAUCAGAAGUCCGGACUACGAAAAUGUGUAUGCCUGCCACUCUGCCCUGGCAGAUGCACAGGGUGCAACGAGGCAGCAAGGGACGCGCAUCGUGAAGCACCACUCCGAGUACCGUCCACAGAUCAGGGUUCCUCGGCCAGAGCCGGUUGAAGUCUCGAAACCAGCCAGUUCUGUGCCUGCUGGCAAGCUCCCGCUACAGCACUCGUUCUCGGAUGCUAGUAUCUACGAAGCGCUUCGCGGUUCACUGUCCCACCAACAACAGGAGCAGCAGAGGCUGGCUGAAAUCCAAGCGCAGUACGCAGUUAUAGUGAAACCGAAGAAGUCCGGACUUCAAAAGAGCAAAACUGUGGUCUCGGAAAGUGCACUUCUCGGACCAUUGGGACCGUCUGCGCCCCCGCGGUGCCGGCGUCAGCCGCAGCAGGAUUCCGCUGAUUCUUCAGACGGUGCUGGCUGCAAGCUGGAGAAGCAAGGCGCUCCUGAUGACGUUGCGCAAGUUCACGUGAAACCGAGCAAGAAAGGAGCAACUUCUGGGAGCAAAAGCCAGUCCAAGGAAGGAAGCUCAAGCGGCAGUGAGGGCAGCGGUUUUAUCUCGGGCACACUGAGCAAGGCGUUUGGGAGGCUGAAUCCUUUCUACAAGGGGAACGCUGGAACAUCGGAAGAAGCAAAGAAAAAGACGCCCCCCACGCAGCCUACAACUGCGGCUGGCUUGAAGAAACCCGACGUCCCCAAGAAACCAAACAACAUCGCCAUGCUGCGAAUGUCCAAGAAACGGCCUGCGCCACAGCCAAAGGUAUCCAAGGCUCCGGACUUUUCCGAUCGUCCCCUUUCGCAGGGCCCGAACGACUCAUCGGGAUCUGAACACUGGACUCAGGUUUGAAAACAACCGUCACACUUGUUCUCAACGAACAUCACUUGUUAUGCAGCAAAACUGUGGUGUGUGCAGGUGUUUGGUGUGCCCUGCAGAUGUUCUCGUUUAGUUGGGUGCAACAUUCUUUCUGUACAGUGUUACUCUCCUGGUAAUGCUACGUGUGCGUCUCAGCAUUACCGUUUUGCCAGAAUACUCGGAUGCGAAUUCGAACAUCUGUGCUCGUGGCAACAUGUGGUUGUUCCGUGGUGAACCGAUAAUGUGCUGUAGCUUUAUUUUAUCGUGCGAUACUUAUCCAGUGAAAGAUUGUAUUGUAUCGUGAUAUUCCUGUCACUGUGAAAACAUGCACACCAGCCGGCAAUAGCACCGAGCCACAGAACCCAGUGCAAACUACUUGUGUGCAGCAUCACUAGGUGUCGCCGCUCAUGCCUUCGUUCACUGGUUUUUCUCCUGACAUUCUGUCAAAACUGUAAUGCUGAAAGGUAUAGCUAUCGGUUAACUCUCUAUUAGUAGUUUUACUGCAAUGAGUUAGCUAUUUUAUCACAAUUCCAAUGCUGCUGCUGCUGCCUCCCCCUCUAGUACAUUGUAAGGCACUAGCACGAAGGUUGUUACUUUUGCAGCGAUAGUAAGCCUGAUUUUGUUCAAAGGCAUUGCUACUUAAUACAUUAGCUUUUUAAGCUGAUGAACUCACAUGCAACUAUUACUGGUUAGUUGACGAGGAGAGCGAUUAUUGACUCGUCGUUUCUAUGGUGCUAAGAGAUUUUCGGAGAAAACCGAAAAGGAGUUGUAAUUUGUUUUUAAUUGCAUAAGAUGUCGCAUUCUUUUUUCCUUUCUCGCAGGUGUUAUUUCCCUCUUUUAAUAUUUAUUCCUACUUUAUUUAAUCCUCGUUUUAUGUGCCACUUUUAUUACUUCGGGAAACGGUGCCUGUUUGCAUAUCGAACAUUUUGCAGAGGUGAGAUUCUGGCGUGCGUUUUUGUUGCUGUCGUGAAAGUGAGCCUGGUUGUACGGCUCGUGGGGGGGGGGGGGGCCUCGUGUUUCGGCGUUGAACUCGAUAAUUAACUUGGUUCAUGACGCUCAAGGCUCGUAAAUUACGCAAGGUCGACACAGACAGGUGCAUGUCUAUGUCUAGCCUUGCACGAUUCGUAAUCCUCUGAAACCGAGUGCGGGGCAUUUUGAGAUGCAGUACAUGGUAGGCCAGUGGCAAUGUUAACCUAGGACUGAUUUAGUAUUCUGACUCAUUGCCAGAGACGACUAUCCUUCGCUGCCUCUUUUUAACCCAUAAUUCAGUGUGGAAUGCGAAUCUCCCGACUGAGGCAGAUCAGCUCUGCAAGCGGUUUAGAUGGUUGUCGUCAUGGCCUGAGGCUGGUGUCAUUCACCCUAUCUUUCCAAUGACAUACUCUUGUUUUGUCACCUCUUUUUCUCGCACUUUUGUUUUUGGAGGACAGCUGUCUCGAGGAAGUGUGUAUACUACUUCGCUUAACUUCAUGCCGCUUUUGUACAGCUCACCAUCUUGCAGAAGCUUUUCACCAAGUUUCUUUUUCCUCAGAGCGUUUUCACUUGUAAUAGUGGUUCCUAUUCAAUGUGGCGCCACCAAUAGCGUUGGCCUGUAGUACGCUUACCAUUUCGAAAAGGCUAGCUCUCUUUCCACGGGGAACCUGUACCGAUAGCUUCCCGUGACUGAUCGCGCCCCUCCAGAAUACAACCUAGCGAACAAAGGGUGAAGAUUGUGGUCGGCAACGUUCUGUCCGAACUUGUGUGUCAAGACGCAUUGGUGCUGUCGGCAGCACACCAGCGCGUCCAUUGGAGGCUUUUUGAAGCGAUGAAGACUUGUUAUGCCAACAGGUUCUUUUUCGCCAAGCGAGGCUUGCUUAAUCAGCUGAGAACGAUUCUCACCUACCGUGCUUCUUUAGCACGCACGGAAACCUUAACAUGUUAUGGCCAGGAGUCAAAACUCCGACCUUGAACGGAAUGCCGUCGGCUGAUUUCUCGCUUCUGCAAUUCUUUGCUGCUUUAAGGCAGCAUUGUCAUACUCGCCUGUCGUCUCACUGAAGAGGUAUUUUUUACCUUACCAUUGAGAAGCGCCGAGUGUUUUUAUGAUGAUAGUUCCUAGUGAGUGAAAUCUCUGCUCGUAGCUCUGCUUGUACUUUACGCAAAGACUCAAACAUGGCACCGUUUUCUCGAUAAUUUAUGUUUUAACAUCCUAAGUUAUUAACCUUCAUUAGUAUCUAUUUGCGUGCACUUCCAUGGCAACUGCGUGGAUGGCAUUUUGUCUGCAAUCGCUACGCACCUGUGUUCAUUGGGUUAGAGGUGCGAUGAGCAAAAUAUCUCUCUGAAUUUCGUACCAGGAUUUGGCAACUGUACAUUAAUAUGCCAACACAGAUUUUGGUGCCAUUUUACCCUCUUUAGGCCUUCACUGCUAAAGGAAAGAACCUCAAGAAUGCAGUAGCUUGGAUCUUUAGUUCUUUUAGGCUGCAGUGGCCUGUUUAUUGACAGACUACUAACUGUGGUCACGCAGGCACUGUGUAAGCCCUGAAGCAUCAUGAGUAGAUAGCGCUAGAACCUUAAGCCUGUCUUUGGCUUGCCCACAAUUAAGCUGAAGUAGGUAAGUCAGUCUUUCUAAUGGUAGGACUGACACAUCUGCUAUUCCACAAACUGUAUAUAUGAAUAUACCUGAACCUUGUUUACAACGAAAAGACAGCAAAUUAUCAGACACCACUUUGUUUGAAAAUUAUGUGUGUUUGCAGCUA